AUGUCAGGGUAUCCAGAGAUGUCCGGCUCGGACUCACCCGACAUCAAAUGCUUCCAAGAAUUACCAGAUGACACAUUCGAAGCCAUCGGGUUAGAGACCAAAACUAUCCGAAGGAUCACAAGACAGCAACAGAACCUUCCUAUCGACGUGAUAAAAUACCUACUCUUCACAAACGUCCCCCCAACCGUCGCGGAAGAGAUAUCUUCAAGCUCCACUCGACAUAUGUUCAAUUACGAUACUCAAUCUAUGAUCUUAAAGCUCGUAACUGGGGCCCAUCAGACAGCUUCCCGCGCCCUACUCUGUGAAGUACAAUACAUCCUACUCGGUAUGGACCUACAUCGAUCGAUUCUGCCGCUAGGGUCUACCCGUGUCCGGGGACGCGAUGCAAAAUGGCCAACCGUUGCGGUAGAAAUUGGGGUCUCUGACUCCUACGGGAAGUUGAAGGCGGAUGCCGAAUGGUGGCUGUCGAAUUCAAGGGGUGAGGUGAAGCUUGUGAUCAUCGUGUCUAUCAAUAGAAAGACUCCUGGUAUCAAGUUUGAGACUGUUGUUUUGGAUGUCGGCUCCUUACGACACUCCCGCUACGUCACAACCAUACGACAGACCAUUAUGGUAUCCCGUCGCGGCGAACAGAUUACCGUUAGCCCGGAAGUGCCCUUGACAAUUGAGUUUGAAGAGUUGUUUUGUCGACAACCAGUCUCGCCGGAGCAUAAGAUUGAUAUCUCUCCUGAUCAGUUGAGAUAUAUCUCAAGCGACGUUUGGGAGCAGCAAGGUCUCUAG